CAGAACCAACCCAUCUUUGAUCAUCUUCCUUUGCACAUUCCAUAUACAUUGGCCCUCAUCAAGUCUCACUCUCAUCUAUCCCCAGUCAUGGAUUACUACAUAGGUUUUGACGUGGGUACAGGUUCAGGGCGUGCUUGUUUGGUCGACAAGACUGGAAAGCUCAUCGCUGAACAUACCGAACCUACCCAAACUCAUCGUUCUCCUACCGACCACAGAAUCUUCGAACAAUCAACCAACGAUAUCUGGAGCGCCCUUUCCAAAUGCUCAAAGACUGUUCUGUCUGAAUCCGGCAUCUCUCCUUCUCAAGUCAAAGGCAUAGGUUUUGACGCUACUUGUUCUUUGGCAGUGACCGACAAACAGGGGAAACCUGUCAGUGUCAGUAGGACUGGGGCCAGUGAGGAAGAUGAGAGUGAUGAGAAUCUUGGGAAGGAGGGGGAGUGGAACAUCGUCUUAUGGGCCGAUCACCGAGCGGAAGUCGAGGCGGAAGAGAUCAAUGCUUCUGGUGAGGGUGUCUUGCAGUUUGUCGGGAAAACCAUGAGUCUUGAAAUGGAAGUGCCAAAAACCCUCUGGCUUUUCCGACAUAUGAAGCGCUUCUUUGCCGACUGCAUGUUCUUCGAUCUGCCAGAUUACUUGACGUAUAAAGCGACCGGUUCAUUAGCCAGAUCGAAUUGCUCACUUGCUUGCAAGUUCUCUUACGUCCCGCCUGGAGCAAAAAUGACUCAUGAUUGUGACGGUACCGAAGAAGUCAGCAAGGACGGAUGGUCCGGCAGGUUCUUCAAGAAGAUCGGUCUGGACUCAAUGGUCGAAAAUGACUUCGAGCAACUAGGUGGGAUACCUGGCAAGAACGGUCUUGUCCUCACUGCUGGCCAACCGGUCGGUAAGGGCUUGAGCAAGGAAGCUGCGCAGGACCUUGGUUUGGAAGAGGGAUGUGCCGUCGGAAGCGGUGUCAUCGACGCGUAUGCGGGAUGGAUCGGUACUGUCGGUGCGGCUUCAGCUCUGGACGACGGAAACGUCACCGAUAUUCCCUCAUUCCAACAUUCUGGUACACGACUGGCAGCUAUUGCCGGUACUUCGACUUGUUAUAUCGCCCAAAGUGAAGAGGGUAUACUUGUGCCAGGAGUUUGGGGCCCUUACCUCCAUGCUGUGUUCCCCGGAUCGUGGAUGAACGAAGGUGGUCAAUCGUCAACUGGUCAAUUGAUCGAUUUCGUCAUGCAGACACACCCGGCAUAUCCUAAGCUUGUCGAGCUUUCCAAGUCUACUGGCAAGAACGUGUUCGCUCUGUUGGCGGAGAGAUUGGAGAUUAUGCAGAAAGAGCAUGGCGCUGAGACUUUGACCCAUUUGACGAAAGAUUUGCAUUUCUACCCUGACAUGCAUGGCAACCGUUCUCCACUCGCCGACCCCAAAAUGCGAGGCAUGUUAACCGGUAUAGAGCUCUCAGACUCUCUCAACGACCUGGCUAGGAAAUUCAAUGUUACUUUGGAGGCUAUCUGUUUGCAAACCCGACAUAUAGUCGAUGAGAUGAAUGCCAAAGGUCAUAGGAUCAAUUCAAUCUAUAUGAGUGGAUCACAAGCCAAGAACAGCGCCCUAAUGCGACUUUUAGCUACAGUAUUGAAUAUGCCAGUCGUGAUCCCUCCACAACCCAGUGCUGCGGUUCCUCUUGGAGCUGCAAUGUUAGGUCGGUUCGCUCAUGAGAUUUCUGCUUCUCGACAGGAUACCCCGUUCAAGGACCAACAAGACGCUUUGGAUGCUGGUAAGAAAGACGGAUUGAAGUUGUGGGAUAUCAUGGUGGAGAUGACUCAAGCUGGAAAGAGGAUAGAACCAAGGACUGGGAAAGAAGGAGAGAGGGAGAAGAAAUUGUUAGAGGUUAAAUAUAAGAUUUUUAGAGAGGCAGUGGACGUACAGAGGAGAUGGAGGGAUAUGGUAGCUGAGGCGAUCAAAGAAUAGACGGUGAAAUAUCUUGCAUAUACUUGCAUGCAUAGACUGGUUUUGUG